GUGACAGAUAGCGAUUAAAAAGAGGGUGGGAGAGGAACGACUGACAGGCUCAAGAGCAGGGGAGAGUGGGCAGCCAGAGAAGAGGCGGCCAGAGAACCAAGAAGCCAACGGAAAUUCCAGACAGGAAGAAAAGAAGAAGAAACCUUGGUGUCUGUCUUCUGCUGAGCCAAGAUGGGAGACUGGAGCUUCCUGGGAGAAUUCCUGGAGGAGGUGCACAAGCACUCCACAGUGAUCGGCAAGGUCUGGCUCACCGUCCUCUUCAUAUUCCGCAUGCUGGUGCUGGGCACGGCUGCCGAGUCAUCCUGGGGCGACGAGCAGGCUGAUUUCCAGUGUGACACGAUGCAACCUGGUUGCGAGAACGUGUGCUACGACCAAGCCUUCCCCAUCUCCCACAUUCGCUAUUGGGUGCUGCAGAUCAUCUUUGUCUCCACACCCUCUCUGGUGUACAUGGGCCACGCCAUGCACACGGUGCGUGUGCAGGAGAAGCGGAAGCUCCGGGAAGCCGAGAGGGCCAAAGAGGUUCGGGGCGCUGGCUCUUACGAGUACCCAGUGGCUGAGAAGACAGAGCUGUCCUGCUGGGAAGAAGUGAACGGAAGGAUUGUCCUGCAGGGCACGCUGCUCAACACCUAUGUCUUCAGCAUCCUGAUCCGCACCACCAUGGAGGUGGCCUUCAUCGUGGGCCAGUACCUCCUCUACGGGAUCUUCCUGGACACCCUGCACGUCUGCCGCAGGAGCCCCUGCCCGCAUCCUGUCAACUGUUACGUCUCCCGGCCCACGGAGAAGAAUGUCUUCAUUGUCUUUAUGCUGGCUGUGGCUGGACUGUCCCUUUUCCUCAGCCUUGCUGAACUCUACCACCUGGGCUGGAAAAAGAUCAGACAGCGAUUUGUCAAGUCGCAGCAGGGCCUGGCUGAGUGCCAGCUUCCCAGUCCCUCUGCAGGUAUGGUCCAGAGCUGCACACCACCCCCCGACUUCAGUCAGUGCCUGGAGAAUGGCCCUGGGGAGAAAUUCUUCAGUCCUUUCAGUAACAAGGUGGCCUCCCAGCAGAACACAGAUAACCUGGCCACUGAGCAAGUGCGAGGCCAGGAGCAGAUUCCAGGAGAGGGUUUCAUUCACAUCCGUUAUGCCCAGAAGUCCGAGGUACCCAAUGAAAGUGCCCCAGGUCACCGCCUCCCCCAUGGCUACCAGAGUGACAAGCGCCGUCUCAGCAAGGCCAGCAGCAAGGCCAGGUCAGACGACCUAUCGGUGUGACCCUCCAGGAUGGGGGUACCAGGACCACGUGGGAACAAAGGAGGCUCAGAGAGGGGAGAGGUCUCCCUUCUGACCCCAUCUCUCUCAUUCUCAUCACUGCUCUGCUUCUUUUGGGCCCUGGGGCUCAAUGGCAUUGCUCAUUUAUUCCAGAGGGUAUGACCAGGUCUUUGCGGGUGCAGUCAGAGACAUGGCUACCUGCCCAGGCUGCUGUCCUUUCCCCAGCCCCUACCCAGGAUGCUCAGUGAAGCCUGUCAGAUUACUCGGUGAAUGCGAUGGGGACCAUGGCAGACGGGGCCUGGGAGGGAUAGCCAGAGGGAUGGGAUGACUCUCUACAUACCAGCCACACGGUAUGGCUGCCACCAGAUGGAUUCUCUAGGUCCUUCUGGCUUCCUUGAGGGACUUCCCUCCUCCUUCAAGGAAGAGCUCAAAGUUCCCAGCCAAUGAUGAGCAUGAAUCAAGGAACUUGCCUUAGAUGUGCCCUUGAACCUGUUGUCUCCUUGGACCAUAUCCUGGGUUGGUGGUGAGGUCGCUGUGGGAUGCCCUUGGCUCCUCCUCCCCCUACCAAGUCUUGCUUAAAAAGAGGUCCUUGGAACUUGACCAGCAGCCUCAACUUUACAAGUGCCUUGGUAUGUACCUCUGGUAAAUGUCUCACCUUGGUGAUGGAGCAGCCUUUCCUUCGUCCAGAGUGUACAACCAGUCCACAGGGUUGAGGAGCUCCCCUACAGAGUCCCUGUGCACACAGACUCCACUGGAACUCCUGCCACCACAUGUCAUCCUUCAGCCUUUUACAGUUCAACCCAGUGACAGAAACCAUCCCUUCCACUCCCCCUUUGGCUGUUUGUCCAGUCAGUGCUCCCUUAAACACCUUAUUGACCAGAAUGCCCAAGAAGCCGUCACCCUCUCUCAGAUGCUGACCAGAUCACCAGCCAUGGAGGCCAGUGGAAUUUCCCCAGGUCUUAAAAACAAAGAGGGCAUUGUGCUUCACAGAUUCCCCUUGGGAAAAAUUGGUUCUGCUGUGAGGAUAAAAAUAAAAAAGGAGAGAAAAUACUGGAAAACCCUUUUCCCCUCCUGUUCCUCUCCCUUUCUGACUGCCAACUGAGAGUGCCAAGAGGAGGUGUGAUGACAACUAGGGAAGCCCCCAGAUCUCUCUUUCCCUGGAGGAUUUCGCAGGGGCAGGAAGCAGUAAGGGAAUCUCCAGCUCUCUUGGCAGGGCCCUUGUUUAAGAACAUAGAGAUUCCUAUGUCUCCCCAGUGCUCCUAAAGAGGCCGCCAAAAAUCAGGGGACUAAAGAAAAGCCCUGCCUUCCCAGGAACUGUCCUGGCUUCUCUCCUUCGUUUAUCCAUAAUGGGUGGUUGCCAUUUUGGAUGAAGGUAAAGGAUGCUCAGAAUUGGAUGCUGAAAAUGAUAGGGAGAUGUUGACUUUUUAAGAUGCAUGUGUGUUUCUCUCUCACUCUCUUUCUCUCUCUCUCUCUUUCUCUCUCUCUCUGGUGUGUGUGUGUGUGUGUGUGUGUGUGUGUGUGUGUGUGUGUGUGUGUAUGCUGGUAAGAGGGUGAAGGGGAGGAGAGUCCUGAAAUAAAAGAAAAUACCCUAGAGACAUGGGUGUCUUCCUGCCCUUUCCUCCAGAUGCCUGGCAAGGGGGCUGAGUCUCACUGUUUUCAGUGUCAUCCACCUAAAUAGAGAAGCAUGAGAAAGUGGGACAGAGGAGGUUGAAGACCCAGAAGGGAGCUCAGCCUCUGUGCCACCUGCCCAUCUCUGGGCCCUUCUGCUCAUACUUGGAUAUUACUGGUGGGUGGAGAGAAGAUGAGGGUAGUAGGGUGGAGGAAACUGAUGGGGGUUGCAUUUAGGUCAACCCAGAUAUCUGUAGGGGACACUUUUAUUGUCUGGCACUGGCAUUAAGACUCUUUCUCUAAAACAAAAUCCAAAAGACUCUCUUUUCUUCCAUCCCUGAUGUGUAUUUGUUUUGUGAAAUGAAUGAUCUUGGAUUAGAAACUCUAUGAGAUCAGUCCUUGAUGAUGGGGCUCUCGGGAAGGAAAAAGGAAAAAAUAUGCGUCGUCUGUCUUAAUAAAGUCUGGCCCUACACCUA